AUGAAAUUCUACGUUUUUUUGCCAUUUCUUUUCUUUCAUUUGAGUGAUGCGUGUCCGCCAGGAACUGGCCAAUCCCCGAUGAUCGCCGUCACUGUCACGCAACUUCCGUUGGAUUGGGCGACUGCAGGAGGCACUACAGGCGGCAGUAACCUCAUCACGAUUCAAAACGAUUUGCGAAUGGCGGUGCAAAACGCGGCUCGUCGUGCUUUCCCCUUCGGCACACAAAAUAGUUACAGUCGGAGUGUCGGCACUCCGUCACUCAACAAUCCACAGACAUUUGUUUGUGUACAAAGCCCUUCAACAGGAACUACAGUAGGCACGUGUACCUUUAUGACGGGCAAUACACAAAUAAUCACACAAACUUGUGUGGCUGCUACACAGACGGGUGGUACCAUUGGUCCUUGCGCGAACUCGUGGAAAAUUCAAUUCAUGUUGAGCAAUAUCUCUCCGCCAACCCUGCAAGUACAGAUCAAUCAAUUUGAGCAGUUGAUGGCACAAGAGAUACAGACUCUCAAAGGUAUCUCAUCGGUGAUCGUCGAUGCUGGAGAUAUCACCGAUUGGACGGGCGGACUCUUCCCAUAUGGA